AUGGCCUCCGACUCUCUUGGCUAUUCCCUCCGCCGCGGUUCUCGGACUGCUGCCUACACUGUCGCCGCCUCCUCGCACGUGCUGUCACCUGCGCUGCCAUAUGAUGAUGCGCAUCACACCCAUCCGCGCACCUUGCACCCACUGCGAGAGCCACACGCAGUGCCGGAGAGGAUGAGCGAGAGACACGGUGCCGCGGUUUACACUCCUGGUGACGGCGGGCCAUCCCACGGCGUCAUGACCGUCAUGGGCGGGUCAUCAGCCCGUGGAAUGGGCGUAGCACGGGGAGGGGAAGCGAGAGACGCCUUCGUGAAGGCGAGGGAUGAGGAGCUGUGGCACGUGGCGGCUGGGUCGCUGGCUAUGGUGCCUGCUGUGGGGUCGCUCGCCGUCUACUUCCCUCAGGGGCACAUCGAGCAGCAAGUGCUUCUCCAACAGAGGGCGCAAGGCCGGGCGUUGCACGGCGAAGCGCUGGAGGAUCUGAGUGCGCACCUCGCUGCCUUGCCUGCCGACACGCCCCUCCCUCCCAGCCACAUCUUCUGCCGCGUCACUGCCGCCACCCUCCAGGCCCAUCCAGACACCGACACUUCUGAGGCGGCUACCUCCCAAGCAGCUAUCACAGCUGGAGCACAGGAAGCAGCAGCGGCAGCAGCAGGGGGGAGAGGAAGACCAGGCGUGGGCGGGGAGGGAAGUGAGAGUGGCGCGGGGCUGAUGUGGGGGCGGGAGGAGCAGGCGGUGAUGUUCUGCAAGACGCUCACAGCCAGUGACACCUCCACCCAUGGCGGCCUCUCCGUGCCUCGCAAGGCCGCCGACACCUGCCUUCCUCAACUGGACAUGACGCAGGACAUCCCCUCUCAGAGGCUGAGAGCCGUUGAUAUCUACGGCAACAGCUGGAUCUUCCGCCACGUGUACAGGGGCUCGCCCAAGCGGCACCUGCUCACAACCGGGUGGAGCGCAUUUGUGUCCAGCCGAGGGCUUGUCGCAGGCGACAGGGUUCUGUUCGUGCGGGGUCACGAUGGCUACCUCAAGGUCAGCAUCAGAAGGAAGACUGUGCCACCUGUCGCCACGCCAUUGGCCUAUGGAGUGUUCGCGAGCGGCACGGGGGGCAGCAGCAUGGGGCCAGGGGGGAUGGAUGUGGAGGGAACAGUGCGCAUGGCCACAAUGGCCUAUGAGCGCCGCUGCCCCUUCACUGUUGUGUUCCACCCUCGGCUGCCGGGCUGUGCGCCCUUCCUCAUCCCGCUCUCCGCCUUCUGCCUCUCUCUCCUGCGCAAGCAGCACCUGCGCUCGGGGUCAGAGCUCCGAGCGCCCUUUGAGGCUGAAGACUUCACCAUGCGGAGGCUGCGAGGCAUAGUGGCGGGAGUGGGGAGCGCCUCCUCUGUGUGGCCGCUCUCGCAGUGGCGCUCAGUCAAGGUGUCCUGCUUCCAUCCGUGGCAACCACUUUAA